GUGUUUAGAUCGGAGAGGAAAAGACGGUAGAAUAAUGGAGCGAAAGCGUGAAUCUAUUAGCAAUGUCACUGAAAAAAUUAAUAUCAAGGAAUACUUUGAGAAGUUCACCAAGCUAUUGACACCCGUGGAAUUCGGGAACUUGAAUGAGAUCUUCUUCGAGAAGAAACAGCUGGGAUUACUGCAGGAGAGUUGCGGUAUAGAUCAAUUUGACUUCGUAGGAGAGCCUGUUCCUUCAAAAAGCGAGAAGGAUGCUGCUGAAAAGGCGGCCGAUAUACCAGAGGAUACGGAGUUGGAGACUCUGAAAGAAUUGAAGAAAAAAUACAACCGAGAGGGGAAGAAGACCGAUGGAUCUGCCAGGGUUAAAUAUCAGAGCGAAAUUCCGAUUAAAUAUGAACCAUCAGAUGGCAACGAAAAGGGAGCAAUACCUGGGGAGGAUAUACUCCUGUCCAUUCGGGUUUACAAGCCCUACUCGUCCGAUCCGUCUUACGAGUCAAAGCUCAAAUUGUCUACAGUAAUUUUGAUGCUGGGAGAUCAGACGUUGGAUAAACUACGAGAUAAAAUUACUUGCCUUUCAGAUCUUACGAUUGCUGAGGAGAUCAGUGAAGAUCCUCAAAGAGGAAACAGAGGAAUUGCUAACAGGGAUAUUUAUAAGUCGGGAUUCUUUUUCAUCGAAGACACAUUUUAUAAUGACAUGAGGGACGAGACAAAUACGGAUAAUAGUGCUGUAAUAAGACAGUGGGCGAAGGCCAAAGAGCUGGGAAAUUUUAAAAUAGCGAAGAUGGAGGAGACACGAGUGGACUCACUGAUCGUGAGGUUUGGAUAUCCCUGGGUCUAUCAGCAUCAGGGCACCUGUGAACAUCUAAUUGUCUUCAGUGACGCCAGGUUGAUUCAUCCAGAUGACGAUCUCGAUUGUUCUCAUUAUCCCAAAAUUGACCGCGUGAAGCCCCUGAGACGGCACCUCUGCAUGCUCUGUAAUGUCUGCCCGGUUCACUGGAUAGUAACAGAGAGUGACAGAGUACCUCACGACCCCUGUUACUUCUGUGAAGGAUGUUUCAGGUCCUUCAAUUACGUAGACUGGGUGAAACUGGGGACUUUCAAAGCGUAUCGCUACCCCUACGACCCAACAAUCGCUACGAGGUGCACUGGAGACGAAGAGGAAAUUUCUGAUUCAUAAUAUUUACAAUCAAUUUCCGUUGAUAAGGCAAGAACAGGAUUGUUAAUGACUAACCAGCAACUCUUAAUUUUCCUAUAAACUUUAGAAGUCUUGUGAUACUAUUGGUCAAUUUUCACCACACAGCAGUAUUAGAUUUAAUAUUAAAAUGUAAAGAGAUGCAAUGUAAGAGUUUUACAACUUGAAUAAAAACAUUAUAAGAAAAAAA